AUGAGAAAGCAAAGUAAAAUUGAUGCAAUUUUUAAGAGAAAAGUUACUGAUGAUGUUGGAGUUCAAACAAGUCAACCCUCUAAUCUUGUUUCACAAGAAGUUCAAGUAAGUGAACUCUCUAAUCUUACUCAAAAUACACAUCAACAAAAAGCCCAAGUUCCAAGAUUAGAAAGAGAUGUUGAUAUCUCUUUACUAGAAAGGGAUCCAGGAAAGCGACGUCCAAUUUGGCAGUAUAAUGUCAAUGAACGUGAUAAGAUUCGUAGAGCAUACAUAAUAGCUGGGCCAUACCAACCAACAAAUAUUAGCUAUCCAGCUUCUGGUAAUAACAAUCAUCGUCGAUAUUUUCAAUCUUCUUGGUUUAAAAAAUUUCCAAGUUGGUUAGAAUAUUCACCAGAAAAAGAUGCUGCUUAUUGUUUGCCUUGCUACUUGUUUGGUAAACAUUAUGGUGCUUGCAAUGAUGGAAAAAAUGCAUUUUCAGAGUUAGGAUUUAGUAAUUGGAAGAAAGUAAACAAUGGAGUGAAUUGUGUAUUUGUAUGUCACGAGGGUUCUAUUCCUAAUUCUCCCCAUAAUUUAUGUGUGAAAUCUUGUGAUGAUUUAAUGGCUCAAUCUAAGCAUAUAGACAAAGUUCUUGAUAGGCAUAGUGAUGAAACUAUUGCAAAUAACCGCUUAAGGUUGAAGACAUCUAUUGAUGCUAUUCGAUGGCUUGCAUUUCAAGCAUGUGCAUUUAGAGGCGAUGAUGAAAGUCCUGGAUCUUUGAAUAGGGGAAAUUUUAUUGAGUUAAUUAAGCUUUUGGCUUCCUGUAAUCAGAAUGUUAAUAAUGUUGUUCUUGAAAAUGCUCCUGGAAAUGCUCAAUAUAUAUCUCCCGGUGUUCAAAAAGAUAUAUUACAUAUCUUUGCUAGAAAAGUGCGUGCAACAAUUCGAGAAGAAAUUGGUGAUUCUAAAUUUUGUAUAAUUAUUGAUGAAGCAAGAGAUGAGUCAAAGCGAGAACAAAUGUCUGUGGUUUUGAGAUUUGUAGACAAGCAUGGUUGUGUUCAAGAAAGAUUUUUUGAUCUUAUACAUGUUUCUGAUACGUGUUCUUUGACAUUGAAAACAGAAAUUUCAUCAGUUCUUUCUCGUCAUAAUCUUGAUGUUCAAAAUCUUAGGGGACAAGGGUAUGAUGGAGCUACUAAAGAAGUUUGCUAUGUUCAUCAAUUCUUUUCAAAACUUACACUAAUUGUGAAUGUUGUGAUUGUUUCUCCUAAACGUCAUGAUCAGUUAAGGGUUGCUCAAGCAAAUAAUGUUGCAAACUUAAUUGCUGAUGAUCAACUUAUGACAGGUAGUGGACUUAAUCAAAUUGGUACUUUGCAAAGAGCUGGAGAUACUAGAUGGGGGUCUCAUUUGAAUUCUGUACGUAGCUUGCUAUGCAUGUUUGAUGCUACUUGUGAAGUUCUUGAAAAAAGCACUGAAGAAGGUAAUUUCUCCACUUGUGGUGAUGCUAGUGCUGCUUAUGAUGCUAUCACAUCCUUUGAAUUUGUCUUUGUUUUGCAUUUGAUGAGAAAUAUUUUGGAAGUUAGUCAUGAUCUUUGCCAAGCUUUGCAACGAAAAAAUCAAGACAUAUUGAAUGCUCUAACUCUGGUUUCUACUACCAAGACUUUAAUCCAACGAAUGAGAGAAUCAAGUUGGGAGGCUUUCAUAAAAGAAGUUAUAUUGUUUUGUGAGAAACAUGAAGUUGAAGUUCCUGAUAUGAAUGCAUUACAUAUUCCUAGAAGAGGCCGAACUCGCAAAAUUGUUGACCAAAUUUCAGUGGAGCAUCAUUACUGUGUUAAUUUAUUUCUGGCUGUAAUUGAUACACAGUUACAAGAGCUUAAUGGAAGAUUCAAUGAUAAUAUGGUGGAAUUACUUACUUUAAGUUCAACUUUAGAUCCCAGAGAUAAUUAUAAGUUCUUCAGUGUCAACAAAGUAUGUGAAUUAGUAGAACGAUUUUAUCCAGGUGACUUCAGUGACCAAGAGAAAUUUCACAUUAGAAUGCAAGCUCAACAUUAUGAACUUGAUGUUCCUAAUCAUGUUGAGUUAACUAACUUGUGCACAAUUUCGGAGUUAUGUCAAGGAUUAACGAAGACAGGAAAGUCUUUAACAUAUCCUUUGAUUGAUCGUUUGAUUCGCUUGGUAUUAACUCUCCCUGUUUCAACUGCUACAACUGAGAGAUCUUUUUCAGCUAUGAAUAUUGUGAAGAAUAGACUCAGAAAUAAAAUGGAAGAUGAAUUUCUUGCUAAUUGUCUUUUGAUUUACAUUGAGAAGAAGAUUGCUGAAAGAUUUGACACCGAUUCUAUUAUCGAUAAAUUUUAUGAUAUGAAGAAUUGA